AUGGCAACAAUAAGAGAAUCGGAGGAGAGUGAUGUCGAAUCGGACGUCGCCAAGAUUCUAGACCCAGACGAAUCGUUCAUCGCCAAUCAGACCUUCGAAGACAAAUCUUUUGCGGCGAAUGAAUCUUUCAUUGCCAAUGAUUCUUUCAUGGCCAAUCAGACCGGUGAGACCGUUGAAGACAAGUCUUUUGUUGGCAAUGAGACAGUUCAGAACAAAAUCGAGCAGCAGUCCUCUCAAACUCGAAUUUGGAUAAAGCUCAAACCUCCCUGCCCACCAGCGCCGGCGAUCCCAGCUACCUCCAAAAGCAAAAGACCUACGAGGCGAUCAAACAGGAAAAUAUAG